UUCAGCAACAACUGAAUUCAAAUCAAUCACCUUGAGAAACCCUCAAGGUCAACACUUCCCCAAAGUAUCUGGGUUGCAUUACUUAAGGUUGCAUUCUGUAAAAAAGCUAAAAAGACUGUUUUAAAAAUUAUUAAAAAUUGGAGGUGCUUUUUGUCUAACCCAUUAUAUUGAAUACUCGACGUAAUUCUUCAAUCUCGCUGUUCUAAAACAAAAGACGACUGUGAAACGCUAAGAGUUUAUUUAGUCAAGAAAUAAGGUCUUGCAAGUAGAAUUAUAGGCGACCUGUAGCACUGCAUUACUUACUCAGUGGUCCCGAAAUACUCAAGCAAUGCCUCGAACUUAUGGUAUUUGGAAUGUAGUAUAUUCCAUUACAUUAAAAUGAAGCGAUUGUGGUUCCAGUCUUUAGAAAGGAUCACGGACUGACAAAUUUUUAAAUGCCGUCUGCCUCACAGUUAUUUCCAGGCAUUUUCAUUCAGAUACUUGAUAGACAUUUAAUGUUCCAUCAUAAGCUAAGUAUAAUUUCAAAAAAUGUUCCUACUUUCAAUAAACUAAUGAUAUUUUUCAGACUAUACUGACAAGCUCAAACCCAACAAGAAUUAAAUUCAAUGUCUGUAAAUCAAAUGGAUCAAAACCCCUUGCUACUGAAAAUACAGAGGAUUGUAAAUGAAAUGCCAGAGAAUGAAGGAACGUUACUAAAUGGAUUAGACUCUGUUUUUCCUCUCAUGUCAAACAACUAUAUUAGCAAUCGCAGGACCCUUCGUAGCAAUUUGGAAAAAUUCCAGUUAAGUUACUAUCAAGACCUCCUAGCAUCGUUUGGUGAUGUUAAGAAGCGUCUAGACUCUCUAGAUACUUGUAUAAACAGUAUUUUCGAAACAUGUCUUCGAAUGAAUGGGACAUUGACUUCUGUUAAAUCGGAGACGGUGUGUUUAGUAGAAGAAGCACAAAAAUUGAGAUCUGAUAGCAAAGUGGCGGAGAUCAAAGCUUAUUUACUGGAACUGUUAGUUGGUUCAUACCAAAUCUCUGCAGAAGAUGCACAUAUAUUGUCCUCUAAAAUUAGCCACGUAGAUGAUACCUUUUUUUCAGCCCUUUUACAUGGCAAAGAAAUAAAAAAGAUAUGUAAAGAGUUAUUGCAGUCAAACGAAUUAACGUUCAGCUGCUCACUGAUGAAUGAAGCAACAGAAAUUUUGGACAGAGCAUAUGAAAAUCUUUAUGAAUGGGCUCAAAAUGAAUGCAUGAAACAUGUUCAUGAAACACCUGAGAUAUCUCCAUAUCUUCAACGUGCUUUGUCCGAGUUACAAAAUAAACCAGUUCUUCUAAAGUACUCUCUUGAUGAAUACGCUAAUGCUCGUCGCAAAGCUUCUGUUAAAUCUUUUCUUGAUGUUCUCUCAGUUGAAAUUGACUCGAAUUCCACUGUCGGGAAUCAUUCUGUUGGCACAAUAUAUACGAUGCACAUUAGAGAAAAACCACGUGAUCAUGUGCGAAUUGUGAGUGAUAUACUUGCUUGUGUUCAUCAAAUUACAGCCUCGGAGAGAGAGUAUAUAAAUAGCUUAUGCAAGAACUGUCACGAUACACUAAUUGCAGACUUGAAGAUCAUUUGUUUGGAUACAAUUACCGAGAGUUUAUGCUCUCACCUUAAAUUGAACAUGGAAAACAUGUUGGUAUCUCAUCAUGAUGCCGUUACACUAUAUAAAAUGAAUAAUAUUAUGAGAUUUUAUCAACAUACAUUUAGAUCACUGAUUAAAUCUACUGCCUCACUCAAUUUAUGCCUAGAUGAAGUUCAGAAGCUAUGUAAAAGGCUAAUACUAAGCACUCUCAAACAAUUUGUUAAACAAACUCUAGAACAACCUGACCAUCCAAACUUAAAUUUAUCUCCGAAUGAACUAAUCACUGACACUCUACAAUUACUUAUCCAAAUGGUCGGCGAUCAAGAUAUUUCAUUACUGCCAAACGAUGAAGUGAAAGUCGAACGUGCAGAGGUAAUCGACUGUUUGGUAUCUCCUUUGAUCACUUACUGCGAAAAGUCUGCUAGCUUACUCAACCUUAAUUCACUAUCGCACAUAAGACAUCUGGACGACCAUCUGCCCACCAACCCACCUGGUAAUCCUUCAGUAUCAAUAUACCUAGCCAACUGUUUUAAUGCUAUUCAGGUUAGUCUUUCAGGGGUGCCCUUCACUUCUAGUCAAGUCGAACAAGUUGCACUGAAGUUAGACAAUUGUCUGAAUUCAUUGGUUGCUGCACAAGUUUCCUUUAUACUCGAAAGGACAGGUCUUCUGUUAAUAAACCAAAGACUUGGCACUGUUCAGGAUCCUAAUGUUCCCCAGUACACGAUAUCCCAAUUUCAUGACAUGCUGGUGGAUUUCAAUAAUUACUUAUCGAAUCCAGACAAACUAUGCCUUCCUGACAUAAACAAACUAUGUUCCCAACAGUUACGAAGGCUGGUUCGUCGUCGUUCUGCUGACCAGAUUCAUAGUUACUACCAAUCUGUUCACCAAGCAAUCAUGAAUGUAACCCAAACUUGUUCCGAAAGCGAUACGACUGUGCAACUGUAUACUCCACAACAUGUCGCUGAACUAAUUCUCAACUUCUGAUUGUUUUCAAUAAAAAUAAAAAAUUAGGUCCUGC